GGUUAAAAUUGUAGAAGAAUCAAAAACAAAUCAGUGUUUUCAUGUGGUUAAUAUAGAAAUAUAAAAAGUUUUUGGUUUGAGUGAGACAUAUAAAGAGAACUAUAAAUUCACACUAUGAAUUAUAUUCACUCAACUGUUGAGUGCUGAUGUGUGUUUUGUGGAUGAUGAGGCUGUUUUGAUCCAUCUGUAGGUUGUCUGGCUGUAUGGUGACAGAGGAAGGCUGUGGUUUUGUGUCUUCAGCUCUGAGUUCAAACCCCUCACACCUGAGAGAGCUGGAUCUGAGCUACAAUCACCCAGGAGAUUCAGGAGUCAAACUGAAGGACAAACUAAAGGAUCCAAACUGCUCACUGCAGAUACUCAAUGUGGAUCAUGGAGGAGAGAGCAGGAUCACAGCAGGACUACGAAAAUAUGCCUGUGAUCUCACACUGGAUCCAAACACAGCAAACACUCGUCUCAUUCUGUCUGAGGAGAACAGGAAAGUGACGCGUGUGAAAGAACAUCAGUUGUAUCCUGAUCAUCCAGAAAGAUUUGAUGAGUAUCCUCAGGUUCUGUGUAGAGAGAGUCUGACUGGACGCUGUUACUGGGAGGCUGAAUGGAGAGGAAGUGCUUAUAUAUCAGUGGCAUAUAAAGGAAUCAGCAGGAAAGGAGGGAGGGAUGACUGUAUGUUUGGAUACAAUCACAAAUCCUGGAGUCUGAUCUGCUCUGAUGCUGGAUUCACUGUCUGGCACGAUAAUAACAGGACGGUUGUACCUGUCGUCCGUUCAUCCUCUCAUAGAGCAGGAGUGUAUGUGGACGUGUCGGCCGGCACUCUGUCCUUCUACAGAGUCUCUCGCACACACACACUCACACACUUACACACAUUCAUCACCACAUUCACUGAACCCCUCUAUGCUGGAUUUAAGGUUUAUUAUGAUCCUUCAGUGUCUCUUUGUCAAAUUAAACAACAGACACACACACACUUGUAAAUCUUCUUUCUAACAUCCACAUGCACACACAGUCAUCAAAUCUCACAUAAUUAGUUUUAUUAAUUUUUAAUUAAUGUAUUUUAUUAUGUGGAGGAUAGAAAUCUAGAUUAGACACAUUAAUCUGUAUGUAAAAAAAUAUAAUGAAGUUUCUUUAAUAUUUUCAUUGUAAGCUGAUCAUCAGAUGUAAUAACUGUACAUUUAUGAUUGAUUUAAUCAUGAAUCGGUUUAUGAAUGAUUAAUGUGAACUGAUGACAGUAUGAAUAAUCAUGAAUGUGAUGAGAACACAGGCUGAAUUCAGUCAGA